CUUCUUUGCCCAACUGCAUCCCCCCUCCCCCCCUCCGCCCACUCCCCCUCCGCCCACUCCCCCUGUGUUCACGAUGCUCGACGAGCUCCUGGACUCGGAGGCUCUCUCCGAUGCGAUGCUUUCGGACCUGGGCUCUGGACAGGUGAGCCGGUCCGAGUCGCUCGCCGCGCUGAGCUCCCCGAUCUUGGCAGCCGGUAGCAUGCCCCACUCGCCGGAUGCCCGGACCGGCAGCUCUGACCCGGUGGCCGCCUUUGCCGAGGACAUGGCCCACUGCCUGGGGGAGAUCGCCCGUGGCGGCGAGGGAACCGGCGUCAGCCCGCUGCUGGCUGCCGAUGUGGCCAUCGAGGCGCCCCUCACCAGCCCGGGACCACUCGCCGGAAGUGGCUCGCCCUCCGUGGAGGAAGGUCUUUCCGAUUUGGCGAGCGGGGCCUCCUCGGACUCGGACUCGGACUCGGACUCCGAAGCCGGCGUGGCUCUUUCGCCGGCAGCCGACUCGCGGGCCACCUACCUCCCGCAUCCCGCUGGGACACCGGACAGUGACCGCCACUCCGUCGGGGAGCCCGGCCCUGGCGGGGCAUCUUCCGAUUUUGGGGCCGAUGCCUCGGCAGACCAUGUCGCCGAUUCGACCCCGACCCCCGAAUCGGAGGUGUCUUCGGAGCCCGGGCCUGUCCCGGCGCCGGUCGCGGCUGCCACACCGGCAGCCGUGCCUCCGAUCCAGAAUUUCGAAACCCAACGCAAGCAUGGCGAUGAGGACACCUCCUGGCCGUCGUGGUCGCGGCGCAAGAAGCACUUCUUCAUCCUCUCGUCCUCCGGCAAGCCGAUCUACUCCUUCCAUGGGAAUGAGGGCGAGAUGUCCACCAUGAUGGGGUUCCUCCAGGCAUUUAUCUCCCUCUUCUUGGACAGCCGGUCGGCGGCCCCGCCGGGUCCUCGAUCGGGCGCCGGGGCGGCCAGCACCGCCCCCUCCACCCCCACUGGGCCCGGCGGGGAUCCCGGCUCCGGGUCCCUUCACAGUGUGGACUUCCAGACCGACGCCGGGCUGGACAUGGUGCGCGCGGUGAAGUUCGGCCGGAAUCAAAUUGUCUUCCUCCUGAAGCAGCACAUCUAUCUGGUUGCGGUGUCGCGACUUGGCGAGCCGGAGCUCCACCUGCGCCAGCAGCUGCAGUAUCUCUACUCGCACUUGGUGUCGGUCCUGUCCGUGAGCCAGAUCCAUUCGAUCUUCUCCAAUUCCCAGAACUAUGAUCUGCGCAAUUUGCUCAACCAGGCGGACACCGCGCGCCUGGACUCCCUGGCCCGGCGGAUGGAGCGCGAGCCGAUGUUCUGGCUGAAUACGGUCCCGGUGUUCCCGAUGCAGGCGACCCUGCGCGAGGCCCUGGUGGCCAGCAUCCAGCGCGCGUCGGAGGAGGUCCAGCGCGACCGGCUCCUGGCCACGCUGGUCAUCCACAAAUACUCCUCCAUCAUCACGGCCUCCUUCUCGCCGCGGUACCCGCUCUACACGUCCGACGUGCACCUCAUCAUGAACACCGUGGCAUCGAAGAAUCUCCAGCACUUCAUCGGCGUCUGGCUGCCCAUCUGCCUGCCGCGCUUCAACCCGACGGCCUUCCUCUUUGCCUAUGUGUCGACCAUCGAGACAGCGCCCGACAUCUGUGUUGUGAUCCUGUCCACCGAUCCGAGCGGCGUGGAUAGCGCCCAGCGAACAAGCAACAACAUCCAGAGCAGCAUCCUGGAAAUCCUCCGACCAAUGCACGAUGCAGGCGGCCUCGGUGGCUCAUCCAUGCAGUGGCCCCUGAUCUGGGAAUACGCCGGCUUCCCCUCCUUCACCCCUUCGCAAAUGUCCCCGCACGACAUCAAGGGCUCAUUGUUGGGGUUCCUCCGGCACUAUGUCUACAUCAGCUCGGCCACUCGCCAGCACCAUGCAUCUCCCUGGAUCACUCCCUACUCGAUCCCUCGGCACCAGCGACGCCUGCUUCGGAUGUACCGCCACGCGCACCAGAUGAUUCACACCCGGACCCGGCCGUUGCGCAUGUUCUGGACCAUUGGGUCGCAUGAGAUUGUUGUUGGCUGGCGCUAUGCGUCCAGUGCAAGUGCCCUGCCGCUUGCGGCUGAUCCACGCGGUGGCGGUGGCUCGGUUCAGGAUAAUUUCGAGAUGUACCUGGCUUUUGCGCCGCACACGCGCAAGGAUGAUGCCCUGUCCACCAUUGAGAUUCUCAUGCGCUGGGUGGCUCUCAACGAGAAGAAUGCCUUCAUGCCGGAUUGGCUGGCCUUCGCGGUCUAGGUCCUUCCUGUUGGUGAGGGCCCUGGCCAAUAUAAUGCCUUUGGUUGGUGCUCAUCGCUUGCCUUUUGGAGGGGUGUCGAUGCGAUCGGAGCCCGGUGGAUACACAGCGAGGCGAGUCUGG